AUGCCUCGCAGUCGACCGGCCACCACCGGCUAUGAGCGCCUGGCUCAGGCUGAUCAGUUUAGCGAUGACUCUGAUGAAGAAGUCCUUGGUCAGAGCUUUGCCUCUCUACAACCCCAGACCGCUCCAAGAUAUGCCGCAGCUACGCAGCCUCGCCCGCACUCGGGCAUGGCCUCUCCCGAUGCCGCCAAGAAUAGACACCGUCCUAGGAGGGCGAGAACCAACUCUGGCGUUGACCUGAAAGCUAUCAACGCACGGCUAGAGAGAUGGGCGGAUGAGAUCGCGUCCAAGUUCAAAAGGGGGAAGGGCAAAGGGAACCACGGUGAUGAGGAGCAGCUCGAAAUUCAUUACAGCGUCUUCCAUGCUCCCGACGGCGUGCGUCCCGCCACCGCCGAAACCCUGGCCGCCUCGUCUCACGAAACGGCCAUGUCAAGAGAGCAGUUUGAGGAGAUUGUCGAAAGCGUACGGACGGCCAUAGACCAGGGAAUGCACCCGAGCAUGAUUACUCAAGGCAGUUCAGGAAGCUACUUUGCCCGCAACACCGACGGCAAGAUUGUGGGAGUUUUCAAGCCGAAGGAUGAAGAGCCAUAUGCCGCCGGCAACCCCAAAUGGAACAAAUGGAUUCACCGAAACCUAUUUCCAUGUUGUUUUGGUCGGGCUUGUCUUAUUCCCAAUCUGUCGUAUGUGAGUGAAGCUGCAGCUUACACCCUUGACUGCCAGUUGCGCACGAACAUGGUCCCAUACACGGAUGUCGUCUGGUUAUCGUCCAAAUCUUUCCACUAUCCCUACUGGGAUCGCAGAAACUUCUAUAGGAAGAAGAAGCCACUCCCUGCCAAAGCUGGCAGCUUCCAAGUCUUUUUGAAGGGCUUUAAAGAUGCCAACGUCUUUCUCAAGCAACAUCCGUGGCCCGAUCAGUACUGGUCUGGAUUCCGCUCAAAUGAUACACAUCGCCACAAACAAAAGCGGUGGGCCGACAACUGCCGUCCGACGAGCAGGAGGGUCAAUGGCAACGAAAGUGACGACGACUAUGAUGCGCCAACGCCGCCUCCGCUUGGCCCGGAUAACUUCGUCUGGACCGAGGGGCUCAAGCAAGCUUUCCGCGAGGAACUAGAGAAAUUGGUGAUUCUGGAUUACAUCAUGCGUAACACGGAUAGAGGACUUGAUAAUUGGAUGGUCAAGGUAGAUUGGGAAACUCAAGAAGUGUCAAUCGCCUCAGAGCCACCUCAAUUCAACAUGGACACAGCGGAUGAUGAUGAUGAUGAUGAUGAGGAACAGCAACCAGCACGCCCGGUGGAUCUCACCGAAGGAAGCAAAUCCAGGAGCUCCAGCCGGAACCCUUACAAGGCCCAAAAGCCGAUGAACGCUCAGGGGUCUACCAAUAUGCGUGAGCCCAAGAUGUCUAUCGGGGCAAUUGACAAUUCAUUGUCGUGGCCUUGGAAGCACCCGGACGCUUGGCGAAGCUUUCCAUUUGGCUGGCUCUUCUUGCCAGUCGACUUGAUUGGCCGACCAUUCUCACAAAAGACACGUGACCAUUUCCUGCCGCUCCUGACUUCAACUGAGUGGUGGAGUCAAACUCAGUUGGCCCUUCGAAAAGUCUUUAGGCUCGAUCCAGACUUUCAAGAGAAGAUGUUUUCUCGGCAAAUGGCCGUCAUGAAAGGUCAAGCCUGGAACGUGGUUGAGACUCUCAAGACUCCAGACCACGGUCCGUUGGAGCUCACGCGGCGCGCCAGAGUCUGCGUUUGGGACGAUCUUGUAGACGUCCCUGUAGCCGUGCCCAUGCGUGCUGCUAGUGCCGAGAUGCGUCGCAAGGCGGAACCUGAAUUACACGAUGCAAUUGAAGAGGAGAUGGAUAUCGGAGCUGCCAACUCUUCCAGCGCCCCGAACGUCCAAACAGACGACCUCCUGGGCUUUGCUAGCCCCCUGCCCAACCCGGGACGUUUUGAACUCAGCACUCCAAGGGCACAGUCUCCUGACGAAGCCACGACUUCGCCCAAUGGAAGAUCUUCGGCUCAUUUCGACGAGGUAAACGCAUUGGGAUCGCAGAACUCAACACCAAGGCCAAAGAUAUCGCGCGCUGCACCACGAGCCAGCUACCAGGGUCCUUCGCGGCCAAAUGCCAACAUGUACACCCCACGCCGCGAGAGACGAUUCAGUUUUGCGACUGCCGCGGGACGACGCAACAGCAACUCCAUUGCUCAGCAAAUGUAUGGCGACUUUGCCGCCGAUGACGACGACAUGGAGGGUGAUCUCGGCUAUGCUGCCGCAGAAGGCAUGGAGGGCAAUAGGCGAAAAGUUAUCGUGGAGCGUUUGGAGACGGUCAAGGCAAGGAAUCCGGUGUUUACUUGUUGGUAG